CUUAGCAUCGAGUUCACAACGAUGUCGCUUACCCAAAUGAUUUUACAUCAGUUCAAUACCAUUUAUGGGUUGAUAAUUCGCCCAGAAUCAACACAAUAUUUGGAAGAGAAGCUUGGUGAUAUCAUUCGAAGAAAUAAUUUACAAAGGAACAAUGUAUCUAAUAUAAUUGAAGAAAUAGCAAACGCAUAUGUUAAGCAGAAUGGGCAAAUUGACUUUGUUGAACUCGAAAAACUACAAGAAGUUUUUGAGGCCUUACAACUUUCCCAAGAGAAGAAUCUUAAAGAUAUCGAAACAUUGAUGCCCGAAAAAGUUGAUAGAGACAAGUUUUUUCAUGUAAUUGAUGCUUUCGACAUGCCCCAAGGUGAGGAGUUCACAAUAUUUGGUUUGCUUACUUUCUCGGAAGGAAAAUAUCAACUCGAGGAUAAGGAAUGGCAAAUUUGGCUAGAUUUAUCUGAAUGUUUUUACAACGAAGGUAAUUUUAUCCUUGCUAAAGGACGAUAUGUCGAGGUUCAAAAAUUCAAAGUUACAAGUAUAGAGCAUCCACCGUUGGAAGAUCCAGAUGAUACAAGAAAAGAAUUAGGCCACUUGGAUUUUUUGGGAAUACCAUAUUCAUUGGAAGACGAGGAAGUUAUUAAGAGAUAUGAGAGAGAAUGGAAAAAUACGUUCUUAGUUAUAAUGUCCGAUUUGUGGUUAGAUCAAUCAAAGACGUUUGCCAAAUUACGAACGAUGUUUAAAGUUUAUCAAGAUGAAAAUUUGAUUCCGUUUGUUUUCGUGUUAAUUGGAAAUUUUUUAUCUGAACCAUUUGUAAAUGCAGAUGUUCAUUCCGCUAAAUAUCGAGUGGCUUUUGACAGCCUGGGAAACCUUAUUGCUGAGUUUCCUAGCAUAGCAAGAUAUUCUCAUUUUGUAUUCGUACCUGGUUGUUCUGAUUUUUGCUUGAAUGGAAGAUCUCCACAGCGACACAUUCCAAAUAUGUACACUUCUCGAUUAAAGAGUAAAGUACCUAAAGCCAUUUUCACCAGUGAUCGGCAUUUACCUUCUGGCCUUGAUUAUCAAUUUUAA